AUGCUAACGUAUAGUCGUGACACAUGCCCAUAUUCAGAUGCCGGAGAGGACGAUGACGAAACAAUUGCCGAGACGGUGUUGCGGCAGUAUCAGAUGGAUCGGCUCAAAUACUACUACGCAGUUGUGGAAUGUGAUGCAGUAGAAACUGCUCGCGCCAUAUACAAGGAAUGCGAUGGCCAGGAAUUCCUCAACAGUGGGUGUGUGAUGGAUCUGCGCUUCAUACCGGCGGACAUGGAAUUCGACGAGGAAGUGAAACAGGUCGCAACCAUGGUUCCAACGAACUACGAGCCACGAGACUUUACCAGCGGGGCACAGCAACAGUCGAAACUCAAGGUGACGUGGGACCAGAACGAUCCCGAGCGGGCGGUUACAUUGCACACAGCCGUCACAGAAGAGCAAUUGGAGGAAAUGGAUUUCAAGAACUUCCUGGCCUCCGGAAGCAGCGACGACGAGAGCGACGAUGACGAUGCCGGCAAGCAGAAGUACAGUGAGCUCAUUGCCGAGCUGAAGGGCACCGAAGCGGCCAAGGGAGAUGAGGUGGAUAUGGAGAUCACCUUUGCGCCAGGGCUGAAGGAUGAUGCGAAUGCCAUGCUCAAGAAAAAGGAAGCACGGGAUGCGGCGGAGAAGCUGGGUGUGUGGGAUCAGUACCUGCACAAGAAGAGAGAGAAGAAGAAAACCGCAAGGAAAGCUGCCAAGGAAGGUACGGAGAUGCUGGACGAUGACGAUGAUGUGGCUAUUGACCGCAACGAUCCGUUCUUCGAUGAAGACUUUGGCUCAGAUUUUGAAGAUCCCGAUGAAUCGCGUGGAAACAAAGCUACUAAACCAAGCAGUGCCACACAGGUACGUGGAAUGCAAGAAUCGAUCAGACGAAAUGGAGUAGACAAAGACUGGUUCUCGAGGACGAAUCUACUUGCGGUUUUCUUGUUUUCUACUAACGUACAACCCCAUUGUGCACAUGUACACAAGAAAUCGAAGGUAGGGAAGAAGGCAGACGCCGCGCCCGAUGUAGAUAUGGAAUUGUUGCUGCUACCCGAUAAUGUAGCAGAAACAGGCAAAGAGCACUUUGAUCUGAAGGAGAUAAUUAAACAAGAGAAACAGAAAGGCAGGAAGGGCAAGAAGAAGUCUAAAAAGGGAGCCGCUGAGGCUGUAGCUGAUGAUUUCAAAGUGGAUGUAGCAGAUGACCGUUUUCAAGCACUCUUCAAGAAGGCCGAAUACGCGAUCGACCCCACAGACGCAAAGUAUAAAUCAACGAAAGCUAUGAAAACGUUACAGGACGAAAGGACAAAGCGAAGGAACAAAAAUGAGAAUGGGCAUGCUGAGGAGCCCCAGCAAAAGAAGGCAAAGAAUAAAACAACUAGUACGAAGGCGUUGGUGGAUUCAAUCAAGAGGCAAGCAGCCAACAAUAAGAGUAGCAAAGCAGGGAAGCGGAGUGGUAGAACUGCCGAGUGA